CCCUAUACAACUCCUUUUAUAUAUCCCAAUCAGCCUCACAGUAUAAUACCCCGCCAAGUCUUUUGAAAAAACAGUUAUUGACAGUUAUUAAAGAGAAACAGAGCUGAACAGAAAUGGCUAAUCAAGAUUCUGGUUUCUCCCAAGAAUUCUCCCAUCACCAAGAAAACACUGCAAUUGACGCCACCGCUCUCAAUCUCCUAGCCAAGCUCCACCUCAACUCCGCCACGACAGGCAACCCCGGCAACAACCAAUCCACCGUCACCACCGCUGCUGCCCCACUCUUCUCCUCCUCCUCCUCCAUGGACCCCUGCAACAAAUGCGGCUCAACCAAGAGACAGUCCCCUUCAUCUUGGUCUUCCCUCCAAGAACCCUCUUCCAAGAGGGCCACACUUCUACCUCCAUCUUCCUCCACCACCACGUUUUCUGGCGACCGCUGCAUUCUUGGCUUCAGUAAACUCCCACUUCCGGCCACUUUCUCUAAUGCAUCAUCAUCAUCCUUAUCGUCCCCUGCUCUUCGCCGGACUAUUUCCGAUCUAAUCAACUCUCCCGGAGCCAGCAAUCUCUCUGAUCAAGCUCAAAUUUCUUUGGGCAGUUUGUUGAAUAACCAGUUGCCGGAGAGUUCUAUGGUCAAUCCUGUGGCUACUUCGCCAUCUGGUCCUCUUUACCGUACAAUCUCUGAUCCCACUUCAGCUUCUUAUCAGGUGGUGACAACCACCACACCGCCUCGGCCUCCAGCAGCAAGAAAAGUCACGUGGUCACCAAGUGCUGGAGAGGCUGGCCUGAAUUUGAAAGAAGAGACUCCUAAUACCAAGAGGCUGAAAAGAAUGAAGGAUAGGCUGAGAGAAAUGAGACAAUGGUGGAAUGAAGUCAUAAAGGAAGGUGAAGAGGAUAGCUGCUCUGAUUCUGAAGAUAAUGACGAUCUUUCAAAGGAUAAUUCUGAAGUGUGCCAAGUUGCCGGAAGUGAAGGAGGACCUUGCGAAGAAGCUGUUUGGGUGGAGAGAAAUGGGGAGUGUCUGAUUCUCCAUUUCAAGUGUCCCUGCGGCAAAGGCUAUCAGAUUCUUCUUACUGGAAAGAGUUGCUACUACAAAUUGACAGCUUUCUGAGCUCGAGAUUUGUUGCUUUCUUACUUCAGAUAGUCUAGCUAUCAAGAAUAACGUUUUCUGAGUGAUUAAAGUUCCAAUCUUUUCUGCACAGUUGCGUAGCAAUAGUUUCUUUUUCAAGUUGGGGUUUAAGAGAAAUUCAUAAAGAUACUCUUAUCUUGUGCAGUUUCAAUUUGUAAGCUCUUCAAAGUUUAUUAGAUAGUAGUCCAUAUUAGAAUCCAAAUUGCAGUAGUGUUCUUUUCCAUUUCAGACUUGAGGAGUCUUGUUCUCAUGAUGGAAUAUCAAUGUAUUGAUUCAACUGUCUUUAGCCUACUGAUUAAUAAUACAUCAAGUUGUUCCUUU